AGAAUAUUUUCAAGAAUUCAUAAAAAUGAAAUUAGUUUUAGUUCUCAGCAUAAUAAUUAUUACUGAGAAAAAGUUUUUCUGUGACAACUACUAAUCUGCAAACAGGAUGCACUUGUCGGAUAACCUGGUGGGGAUGUAAACACGUUUGUGGAGCAGAUAGUAGGAAUCAAGUAAACAAUCCUCUGCCUGGUUGCUCCUUUAUCUUACCAACAUCAUCUCCAAUACCAUCUGAUGAUGAUGAUACGGAAACUGAGAUCAGUACAAUUGCUCCCAUGAAUCCUACACCAGCAUGCACUGGCUGCACUGCAACACUCAAAGCUUCUUGCUCAGAGCACACUACUGUAUUGAAGAUCACCAGAAUCAUUACGGUCACUAGUACACCAGAUAAUUCAGUCAUGAGUUCAAUGCCAGUCAUAGGUGAAUGCAAUGACAUUGCACCAGCGCUUGGAGUAUUCAUAGCUGUACUAGCAGCACUGCUGGUUGCAGUAACUACAGGAUGGAUAGUCACUUGUGUGGUCAACAGAAGGAAAGAUAAAGAUAAAGACAAAACCUUGACUACAAGGUGCGUGCCAUUUAGUCCAGUUAUUAAGUAAAGAUGAUUUUCGUACACACACACCUGUAGCUACAAGGAAGAUAACAACGACACUGUUCUACAUAACCCAGUGUACAAUUCUGAGCACAUCCAGCGUUACCAAGGCAACCUGUCAGCUCGCACACAGACAGAAUACAACUCAGAGGCUUAUGAACAAGUCAGGGUUGACACGGGAACUGACUAUGAUGUCAUCGAUCGAAGUGGACCACGCUCACCAACCACACACCCUGUCCCUAUAUCUGACCAAGACUACAGUACAUUGGAUACUGACGAGCAAGAGCAUGACUAUCAUGUGCUAGAGUCCACCAAUGCAGGUGGUCCAACAGCUGUGGGGGAUCAAGAGCCUCAAGACUACGAGAUACCACUCAGAAAGAUGUAGUAGCUACGUAAGAGACAGUGUGUGUUUGCAAUAGAAACUGAAAGCUAACUCAACAGUUUAUAAACAACUUCAUAAUUAUCAUGAUUGCAUGUGUUCUAGUUCAGUAGAAUAACAUUGAUUUGUACUUGCACGCUCUUAGUUCCCCAAAUAUCAGACACAGAACAUGAAGGGUACAAAUGAAGCACUGUACAGUAUGAGAUGAGGUAUUAUACAUAAGAGGUGGAAUAGACUACAAGCAGACACUUGUACACAUUGGAGACUGUUGCAUGUGCUGGGGUGGGGUGGAAGUCAACAUUAACAUGGACAAUAACUGGGCUAAGUUUAUCAUGUACCUGUACUAAUAUAUGCAGUUGAGAUUGAAAUAACAAAAACGAUGCAAAUAUAAACUACUAAGAGCCUAAAGUCACGAUAAAAAAUAAUGUUUGGGGCAGUUAACCUACAGUGUAUAGAUACACACAAGCUACAAAAGUAUCGAUCAGCUACGAUCUUAAAAUGAAGAUUAUUCUAGUGUUACUACUAAUAUACUUCACAAUGGUGACAAGGACAACAGGAAUGUGCAAUUGCAAAAAUACCAGAAAGUGUAAACAAGAGUGGUCAAGUUUCUGCUCAUUAACAAGCAAUUGCAAACCGUUUCCAAUGCGAAAAACCAUCACUGUGAGCCGAACGGUUGCAGCAUUAAUAUGGCAAACGUGCAGGCAUGUGGUGUAGAAUGGUUGAGAUUGUUGUAAUGAAUAGAAGCACCUUCAGCACAAUAGAGAUAUGGAAGAGGUACAGUUAAACUAUAUGGAGUCAUGUUGAAACCUUCGUUAUGUAUGAUAAGAUAAGGUAAUUAAGUACAUAAACUGAAAGCACUAUGGGGACUCAAAUGAUGCACCUACGUCAACACCAACCAUCUAUAUAUACAGUGUGCAUACAGUACUGAUAGACUACACUAACAGAACAUAGUUAGAGCCUACAUCGUUCUUAUAGCUCCUUAAAAUGAGGAGUAUGCUUGUAAUAGCACUGCUCCUACUUAUGACUGAUGGAGGAAUAGCAGCAGGUACGUAGAUAAUAGCAUUGAAUUUGUACUAAUGAGACAAAAUGCAACGAAUGAUUGGAAAUUGCAAGAUGGUGUAUCACCUAUAAUAGGAAAUAUAGGGUCCAGUUUCUACAGAUGUAAAUGGGUUAGCCAACUAGCUCAUCUACAGUGCUCAUGUCAAACUGAGAGCUGUGAGGACAAAACAACUACAGCAAUACCUGAGACACCAACAUGCUCACCUGCAGCAACUAUUGAUACAACAACACCUCUUAAUAACACAAGCACAACUAGUGAGGCAAUACUGGGAUCAGCCACUGGACUACUGUUGGUUGUGCUGGUGGGUGUUACUAUCGGGUGGAUAUGCACUUGCAUCGUCAUGAGGAGGAGACACGGACAAUACCACAUCAACCACAGACACACAGAUGCUAACGGCUACACAUACGCCCACUCCACCACCUCCACACCUCACCCUGCCCCCUCCUGCGAAGCCCCGGACACUACCUACAGCUCACUAGGCCAAACCUACGAGACAAUUCCCCCUAGAGUAGUCCAAAGCUUUGAAACACUGACAGUUAAUGAGUCAUACGAACCAGCUAGGUCUAUAGCAAAAGAUGAUGACACGUACAGUAAGCUGGACAACAGUGUAACAAGGAGGCAAGGAGAUUCAGAGCCACACAGAGUGAUGGACAAAUACCAACAGAGAGUUGAUUCAAGGAUUGAUUACUCCACACAAGGACAAGACGAGCUGGUUGAAGAUAGCUAUAGCAAGCUGGCUGAUAGCAAGCUAGUCGGCGAUGAUAGCUAUAGCAAGCUGGCUGGUGCUGCUAGUAAAAGGUACGAUUAUUAUGAACUGGAGCCACAGGGACUACAGUCGAGUGCCGAUCAAAAGAGCUUCAAGAUUGUGAUGAAGGGAACUGAGUGUGCUGGUGAAGAGAACACUAUUGAGGGGGCGGGAGGUCGUGAGGGGAGUGUGUGUAGUGAGGGGGCGGAAGAUUACGAGGUCCCUAUUAAAGGAAAUGUGGAGGAUGCUUAAACGAUUAAUUUUUAAUACUGCAAACGCAUAGAAAACUGUUUCUCUUACAUGUCACAUGAUACAUACAUGAACUCAUAUUAUACGUGAUGAUCAUAUAAU